AUGGCAAAGAGGGUCACUGGCAUCGUCGCGAGCUGGACCCUUCCACCCCGGGGUAAGAGGAAUGCGGAAGGAUACGGCUUUGUCACGGAAGAUGGAAAGGAGUCCGGAAAAGGAAGCGACUUGUUUCUCUAUGCCGACAGCAUCAAGGACUUGAUGUUGAGAGAGGGCUAG